AUGGAUUCUUACGAUCUUGAGUGUAAGCUUUUAAACUUAAUGCAAGAAACUGGAUAUAAUAUUGUACAAGAAAAUGGUCAAAGGAUAAUGGGACCUCCCCCUGGUUGGGUUGGACCGCCACCCCCUAAAGGAUGCGAAGUUUUCGUUGGAAAUUUGCCUAGAGAUACUUUUGAAGAUAAACUGUUUCCAUUAUUUGCAACUGUUGGAACUAUUUAUCAAUUUAGGCUUAUGAUGGAUUUCAGUAAAAGCAAUCGUGGUUUUGCAUUUGUUACUUACACUAACAAAGUUGACUGUCAAAAAGCUAUUGAUUUUUUAAACACCUAUCCCAUAAAACGGCAUAGAAUUGGGGUAAUGAAAUCACUGGACAAUUGUAGGCUGCAUAUCACCGGAAUUCCGAGAGAGAAAGGAGAAGCUGAGGUAUUCAGCGAAAUUGUUAAGUAUACUCCGAAUGUUGCCAAUGUAACUGUUCAUAAUAAUUGGAACACUAAACUACAUAAAGGUUAUGCUAUUAUCGAGUACGAAAGCCAUAGAGCAGCAUCAAUGGCUAGGCGUAUUUUAAUUCCUGGAAAUGUGAAGCUCUUCGAUCAAAAGAUCAAAGUAGAGUGGGCUUUACCUGAAACAGAAACCAUUGACUUCUGUGAUAACCUGGCUGUUUGGUAUAUGGCAAGCAGUUCUGCCUUAGACCUGGCUUUGAUGUAUGCUUUGCUUGUGCGCAAUAUUCCUGCUGCUGUUGAUGAAGUGUACUUGUAUCAGUUGUUUUCUGUUAGAAACAAACUUAAAAUUCUGAAAUUUAAAAGAAUCAAGGAUUAUGCUAUAGUUCAGUAUUACUGUCAUGCAGAUACUCUAUUAGCUUUAAAUUACUUAAAUGGGAUUUUAGUGAAAGGCUGUGUUUUGGAUGUCUCAACACUGAAACCUCAGGUUGCAUUUAAGUAUCUGUCAAAAGUUGAAAAGAUUGAAAAUUACUAUCAAAGGCAUUUGAAAACAUGUAAUGAAAAUUUUAUGUCUGAUUUCCAAAAGUUGGGUCUUCAAGGUUCAUUUCUACCCAUGCAGCAAUUAGCAUAUAUUUGCCGAGAAAACAAAUGGGGAGAACCAGACUAUCAAAUUCAGCAGCAUGCAUUUGGUGCCAAUGCUUCUAUAUUUUCUUGUAAGCUUUUCAUUCCACAUUUGCCCCAUCCUGUUAAAUUUGUUGCUUCUUCUGGCAUUGUUCAUUCAGCUUUUGAAGCUAAAAAACAAGCGGCAGAGUAUGCAUUGAGAACCAUUUGUUCAUCCAAAUACAUGAAUCCUCUGUCCAACGUUGUUCCUCAGAAUGAAGUAGUACCUUUUGAUGCAAGAAAUGAAAAUUAUAAUUCUACUUCUUACCCCGCACCAGUUCUACCAUUCUUUCCACCUGUUUCUGGUGCGUAUCAAAAUGAUGCCCUCUUUCAUGCAGACUCAUCAAUAGAAUCUGAUGCAUCGUUGGAGCUUUUGGAAUGUGCUGCCUCACUUGCUAGCAUGGAAUUACAAGCCAAGGCGAAAAUUAACAUUACAAGAACAGAUCCAUGA